GAACCUUAUCAGUAAACUAUAUCGAUUACACAGUCGAACAAACAGUCCGGGCGAGUAUAACCCGUUCCGGUCCUGUGAUCGGCAGGCUUCCGAAUGUACAUGCGCCACCGAACGGCUGACGGGGCCAUUGUGCUUCGGGUUGCAUAUCACAAUAGCGAUAGUCAUGGGAGAGAUAAGGAGGUGGCCAACUGAAGUAUGGUUAGCGAUUUACUAUAUGUAGGCUGCUAUCUUCUGGGGAAGAGGGUCUGGAGGCUACCACACAACGAAGCACAUUGCUUUUUUACCUUCACUUUACCAAUCUUUGGCAAGAAUUGGUUAUCUUUGAAUCACAAUGACUUCUACUCUCUGGAACUUGCUCGGUGUUUCUGGCGCCACCAAGGAAGCCCCUGCUGAUGAAAGCAGUCCCGUCAGGGCUUUACCUUCCUCUUGGUAUACCUCCCAAGAGAUGUUCGAGCUUGAGAGAAGAGGAAUCUUCUGCAAACGAUGGCUUUUCACAACUCACAAGGCUAGAUUUCCUAAUCCCGGAGAUUGGGUCCGCUACGAAGUUGCUGGGUUCCAGUUUAUAAUUGUGAAGGAUCGCCAGGAAAACAUCAAUGCUUUCCACAAUGUCUGUCGGCAUCGCGGGUUUCCAGUUGUGACCCAAGACCAAGGGUCAUCGAAGAUCUUUGCUUGCAAAUAUCAUGGUUGGUCUUACGGCCUUAACGGAAAACUAGCCAAAGCUCCCAGUUACCAGUCUCUGGAGAACUUUGAUAAGAGCAAGAAUGGUCUCUUCCCGAUUCAUGUUCACGUUGAUACGAAUGGUUUUAUCUGGGUCAACCUGGAUGCUGCAGAAAAGCCAGAGAUUGCUUGGGAAGAUGACUUCAAAGGGAUUGAUCUCCAGCCUCGAUUCCAGAACUACAACUUCGAUGACUACGUUUUUGACCAUAGCUGGGAGCAAGGGGGAGACUACAACUGGAAAAUUCUGGCUGACAACUACAAUGAAUGCUACCACUGCCCAACAACACACCCUGAUAUCCCUGCUGUGGCCGAUCUAUCGACAUAUUCUGUUGAUACGAAGAAUGGAAGCAUCAUUCACGAUGCCCACUCCACACCCGAGCAGAUUGCAAGCGGAUUGCGAGUUGCUAGCACGUAUUAUUUUCCCAAUGCAUCUAUGAAUGUCUCACCAAACUUUUUCUUUAUGCAGCGAUUCGUCCCGAUUUCUCCCACCAGUGCGAUAAUGAAAUAUGAAGUAUAUCGAAACAAGAACGCUUCCGACGAAGACUUCAAGAAUAUUGACACCAUGUACAAACGCAUCAUGUCCGAAGACAAAUACCUCUGUGAUUUGACCCAGAAGAAUCUGAGUGCAGGCGUGUUUGUGAACGGCGAGCUGCAUCCCGAAAAGGAAAAGGGGCCGUUAUACUUCCAGAAGCUCGUGCGACAGGUUGUGACGGAGCACUACGAUCGUGAGCAAAAGGCAAAGCAGGAGAUCUGGCCUGCUCGACAGACUCUGCCGAAGCAUGCGUCCAUCAGCGAGAAAGAUAUCAGCUUUUGCUCGAAUCUGUCGUGUCAGGUUGCCACCACCGACUGUCCAUUACCACCCGACGAGGGCAUUGCGUGGUAAUUAUUACGAUAUACUUCUCUUUCUUUCUUUUCUUGAAUUAUUGCGGGCCAUUUGAGUUUUAAUGAUGAAGAAGCUGUAACGAAAUCGUUUUCAUGUUGUUUCAAAUGAUGCUUAAUUCUAACUCGAUAUACUCACAUCAAUAGACAUUCUAAUGGAACAAGCCGAG